AUGUCAUACUCUAAGUCUGAGGGGCCAGGCCUGGCAGGUGACACAGACCUCACCAUCCCCACGUCCAAAGAGGAGCAGCAGGAGUACCUGCGCUGGAAAAAGGAGCGUGAGCAGAUCGACCGGGAGCGUGUGGCCCGCCACAGAAAUGCCAAUGGCCAGUGGAGGCGGGCAUGGGACAUGGACAAAACAGAGAAUAUGUUUUCAGAUAAAUCUCCUGAGGAGAGAGUACAGGGGCCUCCAGAUAGAGGAGGAAGAAAUGCAAGAAGAGGUCACCCCAAAUCAAAUCCUGAGUCACGGCUUCAGCAACCACGGGGCAGAGACAAGGGGGUUAAAAAAGUGCCCGUGGUCAGCAGUAAAGCCAAGGGCAAGGAUCGGCUGACUGGGAGGGCCAGGAGAUGGGAUGCCAGCGAGGAUGGGGAUGAUUUGCAGGCCUCCGAGACAAGUUUGGAGGAAUUCUUAGAAGAGCUUGAUGCUUUGGGUGGACCUGACGUAGACGACUCCACUGCAGAAAAUCCAGAGGUCAAAGAUGUUUACCUCAAAAUUGAGUCUUUCCUGACCCCGGAUGUGGUGAAGACUGAGGAGGUGAGUGGACCCGUCAGUCCUGCCCUGGACCAAGCCCCAGCCGACACCUCAGAGGAGGGUACACCCAGACAGGAGAAGGCUAAGGAAUUGUCCCCUCGAGCUGCAGAGAAGAAGGUCCGCUUCUCGGUGGAGCUCAAUGGGCCCGGGGCCUACGAGCAGACACCGGGGCAGGAGGGCUCUGAGGUUCCCGAUUCCUCCAAAACAGAGUGUCAUGGCCGCUUUCAGCACAGUGUGCUCACCUCUGUUUUUCCCACUUCACACAGCAAUGUUGAAGAUGCUGCCCUUCCACAGGAGAAUGCUGUCCAGCCUUUAGAACACGCUAAGAGCAAUAGCAACAGAAAUACAGAGGAACUGAUUGACUCUAGUCUGUCUGUUCUGAGGCUGGAGUCAGGAGAGACUCACCCAACCCACACCACCAGCAUUGACAAGGCAAGAGAAAAUGGGAAGAUUGUUUGAAGGACUUUCAAUGUUUAUAUGAAUUGGUCAAUAUGUAAAACCAAAACAUGCUUAAGUAGAGAAUUUACCAUAAGCCUUUUAGUUUAAAGUGGAAAUCACAGCACUUUAACUACUUUGCGGAUAUGAAACAGACAAUCAUAAUAUCAGUCAAAAAUAUCACAUUUCCAGUUCAUGCUACAAAACCAACUUUAUAAGAGGUUUUAAAAAUAGGUUGUAUUUGCCAUAACAUUAUAGAUGGAUGCAGUUCAAUGCAUGAUUCAUAUCAUUCACCAAUACAUUUCAUGGUAGUCCAAAAAUGUUGCUAUCGGCUUGUAAAUCACAGCUGGCCUGGUACAUUGUUUGCUGUCUCCAUUCGGGAUGCACUGUUUCAGUUUCAAUGACUCAAUAUUUUGUCCAAAAUAUUGACAUAUAUAGUUUAGGCUCGGAAUGUCAAUACAAUAGUGAUGGACAUUCAGAGUAUUUUCUGUGAGUUGGCUAAUUUGGCUCCGUUCACUUAAGAGCUGGCUUAUUUGGCUCUGAAACAGCUCUUUGUUCCAACUGCUUAAAAAUGGACGUUGAACCAUGAUUUUUAGAACCACCUAGAAUCAAUCUCCAAUGUCAAGCCCAAAAAGUAGGCUACCAUUAUAUCAGAUCGGGAAAUUCGGAUUCAAAUAUAUUUUUACCUGGCCAAAUUUAUUAGAUUAUUAUUGGUUUAAGCACUGCAAAAAUGAGUGUGGGCCUGAAUGUAUGCAUAGUUUUGGUAUAGUAGCAGUAUGCAAUCAGGAAGCCAAAUGAACGUCUCAAUGCAAUUCGGUUCCCGAUGUUCACCAAAAAGUUAACGACCCAUCACUACAAUCAAACUAGCAAGGGCAAUGAUCACAAGUCAGCCAUAACGUGGCUAAUAGGCUAGCGUAUCUAUGUAUGUAGCUAUUUAUUUAGCAAGCUAAAAACACUGAGCCAAAUGAGCUAGCUGCUGGGAGGAUGUCAUGUCAUUGGAUGAGUUUCCCCUCAUAUCGUUUUUCGGUGGCAACAGCUAGAGAUGAAUUUGGUUAGUUAGCAAGAGACGCGAAUCGCUUGGCGAGAUAGCUGAACUUGAACGACCGUUACACACAGUUAGCAUGCAGAUCUCUUUAGUUGUCAAUCAAAUGCAUUUGGCAUCAAUCAAAUGGGCGGGCAAGCAGUUCCCAUUCAGUUGUCAAAACGUAGGUUGGGACAAGCAUGCAUUGGCAGGCAAGCUGCAGAAAGGUUAGCAGGCUACUUAUUUUCCAUCGUUUCAGUGCAAUUUUGAGGGCAAACUACAAGCUGGAAAAGUUUGAAAGGGUUUAUCUAUUCUUUGAAAUCAUCUAGCUCUGGCUAACAUUAGUUGUUGAUUUUAGGGAGGGAUAAUCUACCUGUUCUUGGUUGUUUGAUCAAUAGGACUGUAAAGUUCCCAAAUGAAAGAGGACUCCCGUGGUGUUUGCAUAUUUGCAGAAAUCCAUUUCCAGGUGUAUUUUUUUGGCUAAUGGUUUAAAGUCACGUUGUUGCUACUGCCUGUAAACACAGUCUAGUUCAGUGAAAGAUGGCAGGCCCAUGUGGCAAAUGGCUUAUUUGCAUAUAUGCCUACUGUGUAGAGUCCGGUCUGUGUAGAAACCGGUUUAGGACAGGACUGACAUGUUUUUUAAUUAGGUUUUAUUUACUGCGGUGUCUAUUGUAUAAAUGCAGGGCCGCUUUCCUCUCUAUAUAUUGCUAAAUCAUUUUCACAAAUGACUUGCUCUACAUAAUUUCCAAACAUUCUAUGAAAGUGUGAAAGUAGGAAAAUAACCAUAUUUUAGUCAGAAAAUGCUGUCAGUUCCACUUUAAUAGCACAUUUGCUUCCAAUAGCUCUUUGAAGAUGUCCCGUGCCUAGUUGGUCAAGGUGAGACUAGCAUCCACAAUGUUCUUUCAUUUGAAAUGAUGCUAGUUGCUCACAGUGGGAAAAUGAAACGAUACAUGUUCAAAGUAAGUCAUUUUGAGAAUUUUGUCUGCUUGAAAAUACUUACAAGCACUUUAUUCUUUGAGGUAUGAGUAUUGACACGUCAUACAUUAGGUAAGUGUGCUAUUUGAAUGGCAAACUUAUGUUGAAUGGCUGUCUUUGUUUACAUUUGUAUUAUUUCAAGAUACCAGUCCUUAUGCUUGUAUUAGUUCAGUUCCUAUGGAUGACUAACCUACAUGACCUGAACAGGCCCUGCUUGUUACCUGGUGUUGUUGUGUCAAUCUUUGCCUUAGCAGUAGGCCUAAUUUGAAUGAUGAAAAAUAAUUAGCAUUAUAUGCUUAUAGUUAUACUGUACACUGGCUGUAUUUAUAGUGCUGUGAAAAAAGUAUUUGUCCCCUUGUACUCAGUAACUGGUUGUGCCACCUUUAGUUGCAAUGAGCUGCACAUAUUUUUGUGUCUGAAUGUUAUCAGAUCUUAAAUCAAAACCUAAUAUUAAAGGGAACCUGCGUUUACAAAUAACAAAAAAAAUAUGCAGUAUAUACUUAUCUUAUUUAU